CCUUCCCCUCCCCUUUCGCGCUGCUCUCCAGCCCCGUGGCCCGAGUCUCUGCUCCUGCGUAAGGAUCCCGCUUUGUUGAGAAGGUGUUUCUAAACACGCGGGUGAUUCUGAACGAGAUCCCUCACACCGCCCCGUGGAACGCGGCUUCGUAAAAAUAUGUGCACUGUCUCUUUAAGAUCCCUUCACUAGUCCGCUUCGUAUUGAUCAAUCCACCAUUUUCCAGCGCACAGCACUCAGCGGCGGCGGCGGAGAGAGAAAGCCCUACCUGGAGACGCCAGGCAGGACCGGGGCAGUCAUGGCAGCCAACAUGUACCGGGUCGGAGAUUAUGUUUAUUUCGAAAACUCCUCCAGUAACCCACUGCUGAUCAGGCGAAUAGAGGAACUCAACAAGACGGCGAAUGGGAACGUGGAGGCCAAAGUGGUGUGUUUUUACCGACGCAGAGACAUCUCUACAACGCUCAUCACCCUCGCGGAUAAGCAUGCACGAGAAAUGGAGGAGGAGAUGGAGAACCCCGAAAUGGUGGAUCUCCCAGAGAUACAGAAGCAUCAGCUGAGACACAGAGAGCUCUUCCUCUCUAGACAGCUGGAAUCUCUGCCUGCGACACACAUCAGGGGGAAAUGCUGUGUUACACUUCUGAAUGAGACGGAAGCCCUCAAGUCAUAUUUAGACAGAGAGGAUGCCUUUUUCUACUCGCUGGUGUACGAUCCUCAGCAGAAGACUCUGCUGGCUGAUAAGGGCGAGAUCAGAGUGGGCAAUAAGUACCAGGCGGACAUCACUGACCUCCUCAAAGAGGGAGAGAAUGAUGGUCGAGAGCUUGAGAAACUGGAGGAGAAGGUGUGGGAUCCCAGCAGCCCCCUCAUCGAGAAACAGAUCGACCAGUUCCUCGUCGUGGCUCGGUCUGUGGGUACGUUUGCGCGGGCUCUAGACUGCAGCAGUUCAGUUCGGCAGCCCAGUCUGCACAUGAGCGCUGCGGCAGCCUCCAGAGACAUCACACUGUUUCACGCCAUGGACACGUUGCAUAAGAACGGCUACGACAUGACACGGGCCAUCGCGGCGCUGGUACCUCAGGGUGGGCCGGUGCUCUGCAGGGAUGAAAUGGAGGAAUGGAGCGCAUCUGAAGCCAACUUGUUCGAGGAAGCGCUCGAGAAAUACGGCAAAGACUUCACUGACAUCCAGCAAGACUUUCUUCCUUGGAAGUCUCUAACCAGCAUCAUAGAGUAUUACUACAUGUGGAAGACCACAGACAGAUACGUCCAGCAGAAACGAUUAAAAGCAGCUGAAGCUGAGAGCAAAUUAAAGCAGGUUUACAUCCCAAACUAUAACAAGCCCAACCCUAACCAAUUAAGCAUGAACAGUGUGAAACCAGGGCUGGUGAAUGGAGCCGGCGCUCUUCCAGGAGCACCAGGCCAGCCCGUCGGAUUGGGCCGCGCAUGCGAGAGCUGUUACACCACUAGCUCGUAUCAGUGGUACUCAUGGGGGCCGCCCAACAUGCAGUGCCGACUGUGCGCCUCCUGCUGGACUUACUGGAAAAAAUACGGAGGUCUGAAGAUGCCAACCAGACUGGAUGGAGAAAGGCCCGGACCCAACCGCAACAACAUGAGUCCUCACGGUCUGCCUGUGAGACACAGCGGAAGCCCAAAGUUUGCCGUUAAGACCAGACAGGCUUUUUUCCUGCACACGUCUCAGGUGACAAAAGCGGCCCGACGCGUCUGCCAGGACCUGUUGAGAUCCAGAUACUUGGCUAGACACCCGUACAUACCUGUCAACACUGCCGCUAUCAAAGCCGAGUGUGCUGUGCGGUUGCCAGAUUUGUCCAAAAAGCCGGCACCUCUAAAGCAAACAGUAAGAAAGCCUUUGGAGUCAGUGGUUCGAUAUCUGGAGGCCCACCCUUGCCCACCCAAACCAGAUCCUCCACGAGGACCCACCAUAUCCAUGGGCAGUCUGACGCCCAUCAAAUCCACACCCAUCCUCAACAACGGCUCCCCAACCAUCCUGGGCAAGCGCUCCUACGAGCAGCACAACGGCUUGGACGGGCCUAAACCCAAAGUUCUGGCUCCACAAUGGGAAAUAAUGGCCAAGAGGGUGUCUGAACAAAGCCGAACUCCCUCUGGCCUGCAGGAUGAGGUUCACGAACUGGACUGACCUCUGCUUUGACGACUGUCUGCUAUUGUUGACCAGAUAAGCAGGUGUCUUGCAUUGUACUACAGACUCUGACAGCAUCUCUAUAACACUCGAUUUCCAGGUGACUCGAGAGAUUUUUUUUUCAACUCUCAGUGACGGGCGGACCUAAGAAAGGAUCUGCGGUCAGAAUGUCCUGUCCAAGAGACCCAUUUUUACAGAUGAAGCCAUUGAAAAGACUGCAAAGCCCUGACGUCUCCAUGGGUCCUCCUCCAACAGCCUGUGGCCAAUCACAGGACUGACCUGAUUGUACAGGACUGAUUAUUAUUAUUAUUAUUUACCAUCAGCUGUUACUUCUGUCAUUGUAAUUAUUAUUAUUAUAAUUAUUACAAUUAUUAUUAAUGUUCUUUUUUAUGAAGUAUAACCAUUUUCUUUUUAAUGAUUUGAGAAAAUGUAAGAACGUUUCUUGCAACGGCUUGCUCCCAGUCCAUGAUGUAAAGGUGGGACGAACUGUCAUUUUUUUGUCUCUUGCGUUGUUUUGUAACAUGUCAGCUCUGCGUUGACGUGAAGGACUAUAUGACUUGUGUUUCUCUUCGUUUGGAUGCUUGUGUUCUCUGGUUCUGUUAGCCCGUCCUGCCGCAGCAGUUUAAAUUAUUCAGAAAGACAACAAAACGUUCUUUUUCUACCUUUUUCACGAGUAUUGCAACUGCUUCUCUAUGUAAUUUUUCUCUUUUGUGAAUAUGUAAAUGAAAACAGGAGGAAGGCAUUAUUGUACAGUGGUGCAUUUUGGGCCUUUUGGCGGUUAUCAAAGCUUGUUGUAAUGGAUUUGCCAUGCACAGCGUAUUCUCUGAAUUGUCAUUUUGUAAGGCAACCUUCCUAGGUCUCUCCUGCAUAUACGGAGAGGUGAUGGGAAAUCUUAAAAGGUACUUCGCCAUUAAUACAAUCAUGCACCUUCUUAAGAAUGAGCCUGAAUGAGAGUGUGGUGUUCAAGUUUUUCCCCUCACAUUUACACGCAGCUUUCAAAAACUAGACCAGGGAUAUGUGAUACAACCCAGUUUACUCUGCUUAUCAAAUAUUGAUAUCUUUAGGCCAACGCAGAGCAUCUCAAACUCAACACACAUUUUUCUUUUUUUAUGAAAUGUUGAAACAACAAGGCUUUAUACACAUACAACCGACUGAACUUGUAAACUGUCAACUUGGAAAAUCUGCAACCAAAGACUGAGUUAACUGGUAUCAAAAGCUUAUUGAUAGGAUGUAACUGGGGAGUGAUAUGUUUUUAUAGACCUGUUUUCAUGAGCUACCAUCAUAUCGAAAGCAGAGUAGGUUGUAGAAUAUCAUCGAAUUCCUUCCAAAACAGAUGUUAAAUAAGUCGCAUGGGAUGAAAAAAAAGAGACACUGGUUGUUAUACAACAGAUAUCAGGCGAACAGAAUUUUUAUGUAGUUAUUAAAGGGAUAUUUGACCCCAAAAUGAAAAUGCUGUCAUUUGGGGCGUGAGGGGUCAACCUGUCACACACAUUAGCAUUAGCAGGAACGCUCACAAUCCUUGGACAAAAGCAAGCCCAUUCCGACUUUUUAUUCCCCUCUUGUUAUAGAAACCAUUUCAUUUGGAUAUGUGUGUGUCCCAAUAAGGAAGAAAAGACUUCAGUUUUAUGCUGACUUUAACGUGAAGUUAUUUUUUUUCUAUAAAGGAUUGAAAACAGGGUUUUGUUUAUAGCAGUAAAAUCCAACUCAAUCCAGGAUUUGAAUAUUGGACACCUUGUAAUUAAUGUUUUAAUUAAACCUAAUUGUGAUGCAUUGCCAUGCAUUUUUAAUUUUAA